CUUAAAGUAUGUGAAGUGUAGUGCAGAUUAUGUGUAUGAAAUAAUGCAUGUUGAAUCUGUUUAGUUUUUGACUCUUGAAAAUACCCUAUUGACUGAAAAAGAGAAGGUUGAGAUCCAAAGAGAUAUAUAUUAUAUAUAACUGCAAGAGAGCAAGUGACAUGGUUUCUUAACAUUUGCGUUUGUGGGGCUACAAACUACCAAAAGAUCUUUAAUUUCUUCUCUGACCUCACCCUGCCACGCUUUGCAGAAGCAUCCGCAAGCUUUUUCAAUAGGCCAAGGUACCUUUUUCCCCUCUCACUCUCUGUCCAUCAAUUCUUUGCUGCAAACCUUUUGAGCCAUGUGAUAUACCCUCUCCUCAAAGUUGAAUAAAUCAAUACUUGAAUGUUUUAGUAGUUUGUGCUUUUACCCUCCUAGUACAAUUGAAAAAAAAAAAAAAAAACUGCUGCAUGUUAUUUCUUCUCCAAGAUUUGAGUUCCCAUGUAGAUGUCAUCAGUUAACUUAUCACAAAUCUACUGAUUUACCCGGUCCUUUUACUCUCUGUAGAAGAAGAGAAGGUAGAUAAGAUUACCGUAGGUCACAUGAAGAAGCAUGAGUGUGGGCUUUUGGGACCAGCACAGUGGCAGAAUUGUCACAAUUCAAAGCCUGUGGGCAGCCGCAGCAGAUGAAGGACUACAGGCAACUAUAGUUAAGAGCAACAGCAAGCAAAACAAAGCGUGUCUGCCUAAGGAAAACCUAUGAGAAAACAAACCCUUACAAGAAAAAAUAAUAAUAGAGCCGCAUAUAGGAAGAGAAAAAGGAGAGAUAUUGAAAAGCAAAAAAACUGGAUUUCAGUGGGAAUCAGUAUCAACCACCAAGUCCACAUGACUCACAACAACAAAACUUGAUCAGCACACACACAUCUCAAAACCAACCUGGAUAUGUUGAAGGCAUAGCAAGAAGUUCCUACAGAAUAGAAGCAUCUACUUUGAACCAAGCCACAAAGCACUCGAAGCAUAAUAGAGGAGGAACAUUGACAAGGGUCAUGAGGAGCAGUGUAGGAGAUAUUGUUCAAGUGGAAGGAGGACACAUUGUUAGGUCCUCGGGAAGAAAAGAUCGGCACAGCAAGGUGUAUACUUCCAAAGGGCCUCGUGAUCGCCGGGUUAGACUCUCAGCACACACAGCCAUUGAGUUCUAUGACGUUCAAGACAGACUUGGCUAUGACAGACCAAGCAAGGCUGUGGACUGGCUCAUCAAGAAGGCAAAGUCUUCCAUUGACAAGCUUGCUGAGCUUCCUCCAUGGCAUCCACCUACUCAUGAUGAGGAAAAGCAGAAUGAUGCUGCAGGAUCAAGUGGAAUCGUGGCCGUUGAACAACAACAAGAAGAACAUCAUCAUCAUCAACAACAACAGUCAGAGUCUUGUGGCUACAACUUUCAGCUCCAGAGGCAACUGGGGGCCUUUAUUUCUACCCAUGUUGACACUGACCCCAUCAAUUUUCAAACCAACAACUCCUCGGAAGAUCUUGGCCUAUCUCUCCACUGUUUCCAAGACCACCCUGGCCUUAUUAAUUGGCCAUCUCAACAAGGUGCAAAUCAAGCACCUCCUUCAAAUGAACACCAAAUCCAAACCCUUUUUGCUGGCUCAACCCCAGUUGCGUUUGAGAACCAUUAUCAAAGAACUGUGACUUGGAACAAUGAAGCAACAACCGGGGAUCAUGUGAGCAGAAUGGGGUUCUUUCUCAACUCACACCCAUUUCUAGGCCAAGCUUCUGCUUCAGCUUAUGCCCAAAGUGAGACCCUUCAGUCCAGUUUUUCAUUUCCAGUGACUUCCUCUGAGCAUCAGAGGCCCCAGCCAGUUCACCAAUCUUCCAUCUUUGGCAGCAGGUUUGUCUCUGAUGGGUUAGCUGGGUUCUGCAUUCCAGAUAGAAUUCAAAGUGUGGAAGAGAACCAUGGAGUUGCUUCCAAUAGGCCAUCCACAGAUAUAGCGAUACCAAUUUUUUUACAUCCCUAUCCACUGCACGUCACACUUUAUUUCACUCUUUUCUCUCUCACGAAAUAAACACGUCACACUUUAUUUCGACUAACACACACAUUACACACUAUCACAUACACACAUUUAAUCUAACCUAAACACAACACACAGAAGAUCUGCACGAAAAAAAAAAGAAAAGAAACAGGGGCCGGACCCACGAAAAAGAAAAAAAAAAGAAGAGAGGAAGAAGAGAGAAAGGGAACGAGGGAUAUCUGGGGCGCGUAAUAAAGAAAUCCCAACCUCUCCAAUUUCUUCAUCUUCUCUCACACAUAACAGAGUAAGACGUCGAAGAUACUCCGACGAGGUUGCCUCUACCCUUCCAUCUCAGAUCCGCAACAACCACCGUCCGAGCUCGCCGCACCGCUUCCCCAUUCACUGCCGUGGCCAUUGGAUCCCACCGUCGACACUCUUGUCGACAGCGCGACUUCUACUGUCAAAACCUCCUCGCUCCAGCACGGACAUCCAUUCCUUUGUUUCUUCUCCCACAUUUACGGUAUACUGGAAAAAAAGCUCAGUGCCGCGCGAAUCCUAAAUACCCGUCAGCCGCAAGUUGAGGUUCACCCAUUUUCUUACCUCUGUUUUGUUCUAUUAUUGUUGUUGAUACUAGUUUAAAUUGAUGAAGUCGCUGAUUUAUGAUUGAGAUGCUUGUACUCACAAUCAUUCAAUGCUGAAUAUACUGGAUUAGCAAAUUUUUUUCAGUGAAACAGUUUGGGGAUUUUGAUGGAGGUAUAUGCUAAUUCAAUGUAUGUGUGUAUAUGGAGAUUUUGAACUUUGAUUAUGUUUAUUAUUUUGCUCUUAGAAUAUUUGGAUUUAUUAAAUUUGUUGAAAUUGAAUGCGAUCAAUGGAAUAUAGUUUUUGGUCUCUGUGAAGAUUAUAUAUUAGUUUCAGAUUGAGGAAGAAAAGCUUUUUUUCACACACUCACACACUAGAGUUAUUCACCUGACGCACACACUUCAUCUAAUUCACGCACGCACACCACUCACAAUUCACGCACACAACACACACUCACAAUAAAACCCCAAGGGGACGAAAUCCACGCGAAAAAAAAAGGUUCCCUGAUUCUCAACCCCUGGGAACCCCUUUCUGAUUUUUUGAAUUUCUUCCUCAAUCACCAUGCAACUUCCGUCUUAGUUCCGGGACACCACUACGCGAGCUCGCUGCCACUAGACCACAUCACCUCGCUGCACUGCAAUUUCGGAUCCCUAGGCCGCCUCUGCCAUCUCCGUCGAAGCUUCCCAGAGUUGUGGCACAUCCCUGGAGUCUUCUUCGCGCAACCCUCCGAGCCCACUAUUGUUGUUUCCAGCGAGACUCUUAGAGUAACAACAAUCUCUGUUGGCGCUGUGCUGGUCAUUUUAAAAUCUUUCUCAUGCUCGUAUUCUGUUUUGGUUUUGAGAUUUAAUGAAUGUGAUUUAAACU